CAAACCAAGCUGCAGAGUGGUAGUGGGGAAGACCUGAGAAAAUGGCCUGCUCCAUUGAGAUCCAAGCAGCAUUUAUUCUCUCCUCCUUUGUGACCUUCUUCGUUGGACUCCUCAUCUUAUUCAUAUUCAGGCUAAUCUGGAGGACCAUUAAAAAAUGGCAAAACAUCAAGGGAACAGGAAUUAUCUUGGAACUACUCUUGAGAAAAAGCACUGGUAAUAAACAUUUGAAAAGUCUCCACUUCCAUGGAGUAUUUCGGAAUCGUAUAGAAAUGUUGCUUUCAGCACAGACCUUUGUGGGGCAAGUGUUGAUGAUCCUUGUAUUUGUACUAAGCAUUGGGUCUCUCAUAAUCUAUUUCAUCAACUCUUCUGACCCUGUUGGAAGCUGUUCUUCAUACCAAGACAAAACCAUCCCUAUUGAUUUGACUUUCAACGUGUUCUUUAGUUUCUAUUUUGGGUUGAGAUUUGUGGCAGCGGAUGACAAGAUCAAGUUUUGGUUGGAGAUGAAUUCAAUUGUAGACAUCUUUACCAUUCCACCAACCUUUAUUUCUUAUUAUUUGAAGAGUAACUGGCUAGGUUUAAGGUUCUUAAGAGCUUUGCGGCUGCUAGAGCUCCCUCAAAUCUUGCAAAUUCUCCAAGCCAUCAGAACCAGCAGUUCAGUGAAGUUUUCCAAACUGUUAUCAAUAGUCCUCAGUACCUGGUUCACUGCUGCAGGAUUCAUUCACCUGGUGGAAAAUUCUGGUGAUCCCUGGCUCAAAGGUAGAAAUUCACAGAACAUAUCAUAUUUUGAAUCUAUUUACCUGGUCAUGGCAACAACGUCAACUGUUGGCUUUGGAGAUGUGGUAGCCAAGACAUCCCUAGGACGGACCUUCAUCAUGUUUUUCACCCUGGGGAGUUUGAUCCUAUUUGCGAACUAUGUCCCUGAAAUGGUGGAAAUUUUUGCUAACAAGAGGAAAUACACCAGUCCCUAUGAGGUGGUCAAAGGGAAGAAGUUCAUCGUGGUCUGUGGGAACAUUACGGUUGACAGUGUGACAGCUUUCCUACGGAAUUUUCUCCGCCAUAAGUCAGGGCAAAUCAACAUUGAGAUUGUUUUUCUGGGAGAGGUUCCUCCUUCCUUGGAAUUAGAAACAUUAUUUAAGUGCUACAUGGCCUAUACGACUUUUGUUUCUGGAUCUGCACUUAAGUGGGAGGAUCUGAGGCGAGUUGCGGUGGAAUCUGCAGAAGCAUGCCUGAUUAUAGCCAACCCUUUGUGCAGUGAUUCGCAUGCUGAAGACACUUCGAACAUUAUGAGGGUUCUCUCCAUCAAAAACUAUAACCCUAAUACCAGAGUCAUCAUACAGAUACUUCAAUCCCAUAACAAGGUUUUUCUGCCAAAGAUUCCCAGCUGGAACUGGACUACUGGAGACAACAUCAUCUGCUUUGCCGAAUUGAAGCUUGGAUUCAUGGCCCAAGGCUGUCUGGUGCCAGGUUUAUGCACCUUUCUAACAACUCUAUUUAUUGAACAGAACAAAAAGGUUUUUCCUAAACAGCCCUGGCAAAAACAUUUCUUGAAUGGCCUGAAGAACAAAAUCCUGACUCAACGUCUCUCUGAUGACUUUGCUGGAAUGAGUUUUCCUGAAGUUUCCCGGCUCUGCUUUGUGAAGAUGGGACUCAUGCUGAUAGCCAUCGAACACAGAUCCUUGUUUCAUGGUUGCUGUGGUCUGAUGCUAAAUCCACCUGCAGAAGUUAAACUGCGUAAGAACACAUUAGGGUUCUUUAUUGCUGAAUCUUCAAAGGAAGUCAUAAGAGCCGCCUUUUACUGUGCCAAAUGUCACGGUGAUGUCUUCAUUCCUGAGCUAAUUGGAAAAUGUAACUGCAAAACCAAGAUCCAGCGACACUUCCCAGGGACAACAAUUCUGGUAAAGAGAGGCAGCAUGAGGGAAUUCUCUGAUUCUACACAGAGUGAUGAUUUGCCAUUCGGACAGGAAAGACUGAUGAGCAACGUGAGCUUCGCCACCAGGGCUUUUCUGUAUGAACCAGAACCGGGUUGUGACCAGCUUGAUGACAGCGGCAUGUUUCACUGGUGCAGAGCAAUUGCUUUGGACAGAGUGAUUCUGAAACGAAUGGACAAGUCAAAACAUGAGUUUCGGAACCAUGUGGUAGCAUGUGUCUUUGGAGAUGCCCACUCAACGCUGAUGGGGCUUCGGAAUUUUGUAAUACCCUUGAGAGCUAGCAGCUAUACCCGGCAGGAGCUGAAGGACAUUGUAUUCAUCGGAUCUUUGGAUUACCUGAAGAGAGAAUGGGUGUUUCUCCGGAAUUUUCCCCAGAUAUACAUUCUUCCUGGAUCUGCACUCUUUCCUGAAGACCUCCGCGCAGCCAACAUAGAGGAAUGUUCCAUGUGCACCGUUCUAUCCUCCUCAUCCAAGGCAUUGAGCAGCCCAGCUUUGGUAGACACAGACACCAUCAUGGCUACCCUCAACAUCGGAUCACUGCGGGUUAUCUGCGCUCCCCAUAUACCUGAAGAACCAUGGACUUCAGAGUGUUUCACCGGAUUUCCUGAGAAACCAAAAUUCCGAAGAAUCCCCAUCCUCACUGAACUGAAAAAUCCUUCCAAUAUCCACUAUAUUGAACAGCUGAGUGGACUGGAUGAAUCAUUCUCAGGAACAAACCUGCAUCUCAGCACAUCCUUUUCCACUGGCACCGUCUUUUCUGGCAGCUUCUUGGAUUCCCUCCUGGCCACAGCCUUCUACAAUUAUCACGUCCUGGAAUUACUUCAGAUGCUGGUGACAGGAGGGAUAAGUUCCCAGCUGGAACACUUUUUGGAUAAGAGUUUCUGUGGGCUGACCCACAGCUGCACUUCGGUUGUGUCUGGAAGAGCGCGGUGUAAGCUGGGGCUUCUGUCCUUAAACCAAACCAUUCUGUCUGACAUUGAACCAAGAAAGACAUUUGGGCAAGUGUUCUGUGGCUCAUUAGAUAAUUUUGGAAUCCUGUGCCUUGGCUUAUACCGCAUGAUAGAUGAAGAGGAGAACAACCCGGAAGAAAAAAGGGGAGUAUGCUACCUUGGAAAGUUUGUGAUUACCCGGCCACCCAAUAACUUUAAGCUACUGCCCUCGGAUCUUGUGUUUUGUGCCAUCCCGUAUGGCACUUCUUGUUACAAAAUGGAUGGUACUUCAUCUCAGAGUCCAUAUGAAAUAAUCAACAUGGUGCCACUGGCAUCAGAGACAGUUACAGAAAUAAAUUAUUCGCCUAUGGUUGACCCAGUUAACCAGACUACAAAACAACCUUUGACUACACCACUUCAUCAUUUGCAGCCAAAAACUAUUUCCAUCAGUGGUUCUAAGCAAACCGUCUUACCUCACAGCAGUAAAAUGCCACCCCAGCCACGUUUAGGUGAAACUGAAACCGUGAAAGAAAAUGAGAAAGGAAAAAUGAAGGAAACCACAGAGGAGAAUGCCCCUGCCUCUUCAAAAUCAAACUAG